AUUUACAAACAAUGCCGUUUACAACAUGCGCACCACAAAGCCCGUGAUCCUGUGCGUCCGUGGGCCGGUCGUUGUCAGUCGGGAGGCGCACAUCGUGCAUUCUCUAUUUAUAUCGACGACGCGACGCCUCCCCGCGGUGCGUCCCGCAGCCACCGCCCGCCGCCCGCCGACCUGCCUCGCGCCUGCGCACUACUCGCUAAAAAUUACGAAAGUGAAAAUUGCAUAUCAUGGUAGCGCACGGUGCACUACACUGCGACUAGGCAGCGUUACAGCAAACGGGACGCUAGUACCAGAGGGCGGUAGGACACGGGCGGUCGGCGGCGUCCGGUGCGCCGCUACGAUGGCUGAUGUCCGCACGGUGACGAUCUUCACCGGCACUGCGGUACCUCUGCGUCACAUAUCAGCUGAGUCGCCGGCGCGGGGCGCGCGCUCGUGACGUCUCUAGCGGUUCGCGUGCCACUUACCGGUGGCGCGAUGGCAUCCACCAUGCAGCUCGAGUUCACACAGGCGAUGACUGACUUCAAGACAAUGUUUCCCGACAUGGAUGACGACGUAAUAGAGGCGGUGCUACGCGCCAAUCAAGGCGCCGUGGACGCCACCAUUGACCAACUGCUGGCUAUGAGUACUGACAACCAGAACGAGCGAUUGCGCCUGGAGAUGGAACGCGUGGAAAAUUAUACGCCCUCCAAACGCAAAGACCGGCGCGCCACACGUCCUGCGGACAGCUGUGACGAUAAUGAUACUACCGCACUUGUAGAUAUCGAAGAUGAGACUGUACCACUAGCAAUACGAAGAAAGUGGGUACCCCGUAUGCUGGGUCCAUUACCACCUAUGUUCCUUCGCAUACCACCAGCCACUGACGCGCGAAUAGAUCUCAGUCUCGAAAUGGAUGACGAUCGCAUCGCAACCUUUCUGCAAAAUGAGGAAUUCAUGGCAGAGUUGAGAUGGAAUCAAGAAUUUAUGGCAGCUUUGGACAGCGAGCAAGGGCACAAAAGUAAAGGCCACGACGACGAAGCAGCCUUCAAAGAAAGACUAAAAAAUAUGGGAAAAUUGUCUCGCAAGAAGUUCGCGCAAUUAUCGCGAAUGUUCUCGCGUGGUGGGUCCCGCAGAACCGGUAAUGCUCGAGCGCCGCCGAGAGGUCCUCCUGACAGCUUGUUGCUCCAAGAGGAACACAGCGACGACGACGAUCGCCCGCAACUCACCAAAUAACGCUCCUAGCCCAGGCGUCAUUUAUAUUUUGAUAGCUACGUAAUGAAAGUGUCACAAGGUUUCGGAUAAGACUGGAUUUGAUUUGUAUAGAUAGGAGGUGGAUUUUUGUAUAAGCCAUAUAAACGACCAAAAGGUUAAUUGGCUGACCACUUCUUAACAGAUGCAAAGGUUGGAAGUACUCGGAGUAGAUUUGUGCAGCGGUGUGGCACCAAAUUGUAAAGAAUAGACACUAAGAAUAUCGAGACUAUUUCAGCAAUUACAGUGAUAAACUGAUCUGACUAGAUUUGCAAUGUUCGCACAUGUGUAUUCGUGCAUACACAGUAGCUGUUUCGCUGCUCGUUCUCCAAAGGAAGGCUGAUAAAGGAAAUUUGUAUAAAAUACCCACAUUAUAGCUAAGAGAUGUAAAUAAUGCAACUGUUGUAAUAGUAGUAUCGUUACGUAGUUACGCUUCGACUCGACGUUUACGAAUUUAGAUACCGUUAGAUUUAGAUAACUAUUUUGUUAGGUUAUCUCAUUAAUUCUAUAAGAGAUUUCCACUUUUCUUAUUGCACCCAUUACUCCUGCCUGCACAAUCGACGAUUUAUUAAUAUGUUCAAUACUUACCUACCUAUCUACCUACGUAUACACAUUUCGAUGAUGCCCUAACAGUAGUAGAUAUUUUCCAAAUUAUAUUUAUCAUAUCAUUAGUCACCUGCCAAUAAAAUUGUAGAGUUACUGAUAGUAAAAAAGCUUUUAUUGGUGUUUAAUAACUUUAAUUUUUAUUAUGUUUUGUAACUAUUUUUUAAUUUAUUAUGUACAUUGAGUUGAUCAUGUAGUCUCUAGUUCCAACUUGGUUUUUAUAAUAUAUUUUUAUUAUAAACCUAUCAAUAUGCGUAUAUGCGUAUUACAAAAUUAAACAACUGUCUUAUGUUUCGACGAUUGGACCAUAUUCAAUUAAAGAUAUUUUUUCGAAUUUA